CCUAAUUCAAGAUUCCUCUCUCUCUCUCUCUCUCUCUCUCUCAUCCUGACUAUCAUCGUUGGAAAAGGAACACAGGUUUAAUCGGAGAUGAAGCAGCUUUCAACGAAAGUGACGAGCAAUGCUCAUGGGCAAGAUUCCUCCUACUUCUUGGGAUGGCAAGAGUACGAGAAGAAUCCUUACGAUGAGCUCAAGAAUCCUCAGGGGAUUAUUCAGAUGGGUCUCGCUGAGAAUCAGCUAUGUUUUGAUCUGAUUGAAGAAUGGCUGGUCAAGAAUCCGGACGCAGCCUCCUUCAAGAGAGACGGCCAAUCCGUCUUCAGAGAGCUCGCUCUCUUCCAAGACUAUCACGGACUACCCGAAUUCAAGAAAGCCUUGGCUGAGUUCAUGGAGGAAAUAAGAGGAAACCGGGUGACGUUCGAUCCAAGCAACCUCGUCCUGGCCGCAGGCUCGACCUCUGCCAACGAGACUCUCAUGUUUUGCCUGGCUGAGCCUGGAGACGCCAUUCUCUUGCCUACUCCUUACUACCCUGGAUUCGACAGAGAUCUGAAAUGGAGAACAGGUGUGGAGAUCGUACCAAUCCACUGCUCGAGCUUUAAUGGUUUUCAAAUCACCGAGUCAGCUCUCCAACAAGCUUACCAGCAAGCUCACAAGCUCGACCUAAGGGUCAAAGGAGUUCUUGUCACCAACCCUUCUAACCCGCUUGGCACUACGCUCACCAGACGGGAAGUUAACCUUCUCGUGGAUUUCAUCGCUUCCAAAAACAUCCAUCUCAUAAGCGAUGAGAUCUAUUCGGGUACUGUUUUUGGCUCUGAAUUCGUCAGCGUCAUGGAUGUCUUGAAGGACAAGAAACUAGAGAACACCGAGGUUUCCAAGCGAGUUCACGUCGUUUACAGCCUGUCCAAAGAUCUCGGGCUUCCGGGAUUUCGCGUUGGAGCCAUCUAUUCCACCGACGAAAUGGUCGUCUCUGCAGCGACAAAGAUGUCGAGUUUCGGCCUCGUUUCCUCCCAGACACAGUAUCUCCUAUCGGCGUUGCUUUCGGACAAGAAGUUCACAAGGAUAUACAUCGAAGAGAACCAGAAAAGGCUGAGGACUCGUCAGAAGCGUCUCGAAAUGGGUCUGGAAGCGGCCGGGAUCACUUGCCUGAGAAGUAACGCAGGUCUGUUCUGUUGGGUGGACAUGAGGCAUCUUUUGGACACGAACACGUUCGAAGCAGAGAUCGAGCUGUGGAAGAAGAUCGUGUACGAAGUGAAGUUGAACAUCUCGCCCGGUUCGUCGUGCCAUUGUACCGAACCGGGUUGGUUUAGGGUUUGUUUCGCCAACAUGAGCGAAGAUACGCUCGACUUGGCCAUGAAGAGACUGAAAGAGUACGUAGAAUCAAAAGACAGUGGCCGGUUAAUGUCAAGAAGCAGCCAUGAGAGGCUCAAGAGUUUGAGGAAGAAGACUCUCUCCAACUGGGUUUUCCGAGUUUCAUGGACCGACCGUGAACCCGAUGAACGGUAAAUUAAUUAUGUAAUUGAUUUAUCUUCCUGGUGCGUGUGAGAGAAUACUUUCAAG